AUUAUUCCACCGCUCCAACCUCACAUGUUACGGGAUUGACACUUAUUUACCAGAAUACUAAUACAAUGAAAAUAACAUAAAAGAAGAAGAAAUACACCGACUCCCCGACUCCCCGUAUCCCGAAUAUCCAAAUUUAAAAAAAACAUGGGAAAAUCCUCCAAAGACAAGCGCGACGCCUACUACCGCCUUGCCAAAGAGCAGAACUGGCGAGCCCGCUCCGCCUUCAAGCUGAUCCAGAUCGACGAGCAAUUUGACCUGUUCGCACACUCAGAUCCAGACAGCGUCACGCGCGUGGUCGACUUAUGCGCCGCGCCGGGGAGUUGGAGCCAGGUCCUCAGCCGCGUGCUGAUUAAGGGGGAGAGUUUCGGGCGGCGGGCGUGGGAGGAGAAGCGGCGGAGAGAACGGGGCGAGGAGCAGAAAUUGGGCACCGUGAAGGAAGGGCCUGAAACAGCGGAUCAACAGCAGGGACAAAAAGGAGCGCAAAAGGAGGAAGAGGAAGAGGAGGAGGAAGAGACGCUCAAACCGCGCAAGAACGUGAAGAUCGUCGCCAUUGACCUCCAGCCCAUGACCCCGCUGGAAGGCAUCACCACUCUGAAAGCAGACAUAACACACCCCUCCACCAUCCCCUUGCUCCUCAAAGCUCUCGAUCCAGACGAUUACACCCACGAUACCUCCUCCACCAAUAAUACCACCACCAAAACACCACACCACCACCCGCACCCCGUCGACCUCGUCCUCUCCGACGGCGCCCCCGACGUAACCGGCCUGCACGACCUAGACAUCUACAUCCAAUCCCAACUCCUCUACGCCGCCCUCAACCUCGCCAUCGGCGUCUUACGGCCCGGCGGCAAAUUCGUCGCCAAAAUCUUCCGCGGCCGCGACGUGGAUCUCAUCUACGCGCAGCUGAAGACUGUCUUUGAGAAGGUCUCCGUCGCGAAGCCGCGGAGCAGCCGCGCCAGUAGCCUGGAGGCCUUUGUGGUUUGCGAAGGGUUCAUACCACCUGUUGCGCACAGUGACUGUACAGGACGACGAGUUGGGGGGGGGGAAGAGGGAGUGGGGGCCCGGGGCGAACAUGGCAUGGGCCUACUCGAAAACCCCCUCUUCGGCGGCGGCGCUGCAGUUGUCUCCUCGAAUAAAUCAGCGCCAGCAACAGCAUCGGAAACUACCCGCUGGAUCCCGCCCUUCAUAGCCUGCGGCGACCUCUCCGCCUGGGAUGCAGAUGCCUCCUACGAGCUGCCGCCGGGUUAUGUGAGUCUGGACCCUGUGCAGCCGCCGACGGCGCCGCCAUAUAAGCGGGCGCUGGAGUUGAGGAGGGAGAAGGGGGGCGCGUAUGGGAAGACGAAGGGGGUGGAGUUUGGAUAGUUGGUUUGUUUUCUGAAGGGGGGAAGGGAAGUUAACUACUAGUGGGUUUCGUUUAUCUGAUUCUUUUAACGUCUGACCCUUGGAAUAUUGGUAGUGGUUGCAUUUGAACACUGAAGUAGGUGGUGGCUAGCUGUUCCUUUUGUUUUGGUUUUGUCUUCUUAUAUUAUCUUAGCAUACGGGUCUGGAGUUUGGAUAUCUAGAGCGGGACAUGAUAGAUUCUUAUUACAAGUUAUGUAUAUCUUUAUAUAUCUAGAGGAGCAAUUCAAUUAAUCAAACGACUAAAAAUUCUAGUUCU